GGCGCACCCCACAUCGUCAAGAAAAAUCGAAUAAUAUUUUCAGUGCGUAUAGCAUAUAUCUUCGAUGUACAAAUACACCCACCAUAUAAAGACUUAGUGAAGUAUAUGAUCUGCAUGUGAACAUACAGAAGAAAUUAACAAUGGAUAUGUUUAACAAACUAAGAAGUGCAGUAAGCAGUGCUUUACCGGGAAACCCUUUGUCUAAAGAUUUUGAUGUUUUAAAUCAUAUAGCUAGUGGUGGUCCUGGUCUUGUCUGGAAAAUUUAUAAUGCUAUCAAGAAAACUACCAAACAGGAGGCUGCAGUUUUUGUAUUCGAAAAAAAAUUACUUGAGAAAUAUUCCCGAAGAGACAAAGAACUGAUUGUAGAGACACUUAAGAAAGGCAUAUCACAACUGACAAGAUUGAGACAUCCAAAAAUAUUGUCAGUUUUACAUCCAUUAGAAGAAUCAAGGGAAACUUUAGCCUUUGCUACAGAACCAGUGUUUUCCUGUUUAGCCAAUGUAUUGAAUAAGCAUGAUAAUAUGCCAACUCCAUUACCUGCAGACUUCAAAGACUAUAAAUUGUAUGAAGUUGAGAUCAAGCAUGGCUUGCUACAGCUUGCUGAAGGAUUGGCUUUUUUACAUAAUGAUGUAAAGAUGGUUCAUUGUAAUAUAUGUCCAGAAUCUAUCAUUAUUAACAAGAAUGGAUCAUGGAAGAUAGCAGGAUUUGAUUGUUGUAUUCCUAAUAGUAAUCAACAGUCUGAUCCCUCUUUUGUCAAUGCUGAGCCAACAUUCCCAUACAGAGAAUGGGAUCCAGAUUUACCCUCAAUAAUCCAGCCCUGCUUAGACUACCUAGCCCCAGAGUUUGCCCUAACUAUGACAUGUUGUAGAGGAUCAGAUAUGUUUUCUAUAGGAGUACUAAUCCAUGCCAUCUUUAACUAUGGUAAACCACUGUAUGAAUGUAACAAUCAGCUCUCCAUGUUCAAGAAAUAUUCUGAAGAGCUGAGAAAGUUUAGGUCAUCAUUGCUGGGUAAUGUCCCUGUAGAGUUACAUGAAUAUGUUAAAUUAUUACUGAAUACAGAGCCAUCUGUCAGGCCAGAUUCUGACCAACUGACCAAGAUUCCAUACUUUGAAGAUGUUGGUUCCAUGACAUUGCAGUUUAUGGAUACAUUGUUCCAAAGAGACAAUCUGCAGAAAUCACAUUUCUUCAAAGGAUUACCUAAAAUUAUAGAAAAACUGCCAAAGAGAGUAAAUUUACAACGAAUAUUACCAGCUUUAACCAAAGAAUGUGUGAAUGCAGAUAUGAUUCCGUUUGUUUUACCCAGUAUAUUACUAAUGGCUGAACAAGUGUCAGAAAAAGAAUACAUGAUGUUUAUCUUUCCAGAACUUAAACCUAUGUUUAAAAUCAAGGAACCAAUACAGAUAUUACUCCUGUUUAUGCAAAAUAUGAAUCUAUUAUUAAAGAAAACUCCUCAAUCAGAAAUAAAAAACCAUGUUUUACCAAUGAUAUAUCAAGCAUUGGAUCAGAAUAGUCCACAGCUACAGGAAAUCUGUUUAAACAUCAUUCCAACAUUUGCUGAGUUAAUAGACUUCUCUUCACUGAAGUCACACAUAUUACCAAGAAUUAAAAAGAUUUGUUUAGGAACAUCUACACUCAAGAUUAGAGUUCAUUGUCUACUAUGUGUUGGUAAACUGUUAGAAUACAUGGAUAAAUGGACUGUGUUAGAUGAUAUACUACCAUUCCUUCCUCAAGUACCUUCCAAAGAACCAGCUGUUUUGAUGAGUAUAUUAGGUAUUUAUCAGGUGACUAUGACUCAUGCUAAGUUGGGGAUAACAAAAGACAUAAUGGCUACUAAAGUUUUACCAUUCCUGAUACCACUCAGCAUCGAUAAUAAUAUUAAUCUGUCUCAGUUUAAUGCAUUUUUUGGUGUAAUUAAAGAAAUGAUGACAAAAGUGGAACAAGAACACAGAAGUAAACUAGAACAGUUGGACCAAAUGAAAAAAGAACAUAGUGUAAAUGAAGAACAAAUACUGCAGAGUAUGAAAAGUACUGUAGAAAUCACCCAGCUGACUGGUAAAGAACAACAACAAUUAGUUGGUAAUGUAGGACAAGGACCACAAUCUAUGAUGGAUAAAUUCCUGAGUGGAUUUGGCAUGAGUGGAUUAAUGAACUCAAAAGCUGGAGGUGGAGGAGACAACUCUUCUACAGCCUCACCAGUGGAUAGUCGGUCUAAUUCACCAAAACCACCAUCAUCAUCAUCAUCACAGUCAGCUAAGGAACAUCUGUUGCAGGACCGAGUUAUUAAGAGCAGGGUACUUACAAUGGAAGAAAAGCAAAGAUUAGCCAAAGAACAAGAACAACAGAGAAAUUUUAAGGCACAAACACCACUCACCAUGACAACAGAUAAACCUGCCCAAAGUAAACAGCAGACUACUAAACCAACCAAUCAAGUUAAAGAUUUGACAUCAUCAUUAAUGAAUGCUAACUUAAGGGGAAUGCAAACAUCUCCUAAAUCUGUACCAAAUUAUCAACAAAUGGGUCAAAGUUCAUCUAAUUAUAAUGCAAACACUUCAGUGACUUCAAAUUAUAGUGCAGUGGGACAAAGUGGUAAUAGACCAAAUUAUACAGGUGGUGGCAUGAUGGGUAAUAUGGCUUCUUCAGGAGGUCAAGGUCUUGGAAGUAGUAGGCAGUUUGGAGGCCAAGGUCAACAGACAACACAAAAAAUGGAUCUUUCGGCAUUUGACAGUUUACUGCCAACUUCAGCACAACAGAAACCUACAAUUAACCAAAUGUCAUCACCUGCCAGACAAAUUAAUCCUAGCUCUAUGAAUUAUAGUCCUCAGAAUUCCAUGAUGGGUGGAAAUUUAAAUGCAUAUGGUGGUAAUUUUAAUACAAGUUCAAAUACUUAUGGGCAGUUUCAGUCUCCUGGAAUGCCAAACAUGCAAACUGGGACUAUGGGAUAUACCGGACAUAAUAUGGGAGGAGGUGCAAUGUUUAAUAAUCAACCAAUUAAUACAAUGACUGGUCAAAAUUCAUUUGGUUUACAGCCAAUGGGAUCACAGCAAUUUUCACAGACACAACCUACUAAGAAAUUAGGUCAAAGUGACCUUGAUGAUUUGUUAGGUUAAAUAUAAUGCUAUUAUUUGUUAAGUUUAAUUUAUUCUUGUGUAUGCUUGUUUUAAAAUCAUAUCAUGUUUUGUGAUUGACUGAACAGUUACUGUGAUUGAGAGAUUAUUAUUAAAUAUCUAGACUGCAAAGCGGUUCACUUUGAUGAACUGUCUGUAUUAUCAAUAAAUUUUCAGGUGAAAUUUGUAUUAGGCACCAACCUUUCAUCUUUUUUGGGAAGGAGGCAUGUAUUUUUUAUUUUUAAAUAAUUUGUUGAUUUUUUAGUUUCUUGAAUAGAAUUGAUCUGUUUCAGCAGGGAAGUAAAACAAAAUAAUAGUUUGUUUCCUUUGAAAAUUAGGUAAAAAAAAGAUUCAACAGUGAGGUUCAAAAAAAUAUUAUUGUUCCUCUUUGGUAUUGAAAAUAUUUUUUUUUUUUUUUAUUAUUAAAGUCAGGGGAAAAAAUGUUUUUCUGAGAAAAAAACCCAUGCCCCCGACAAAAGAUGAAUGGUUGGAGCCUUAUGAAAUCAGUUUAUCUGUUUAAUGUGAUCACUUUCACAAUUCAUUUUUAUCUGUUUUAUUUAGACACUUUCAGAUCUAAAUUUUUACAAAUGCAAGACUUUUUUUUUUUUUCCUUGUAAAAUUUUACAUGUAAUUUCACAAUUUCCGGCAGUGUCAACAAUAUAUUAGUUUGUGAUUAGGUCGGUUUAUGUGAAACCACUAGUGGUAGGCCCAUAAUAUUUGGUAUUCAGUUGUAUAAGCAUUGGCAUGUCCAUUUCGAUAGAGAUUAUUUGGCCCGCCCCCUCAGUCAAAAAAUGAAAAUUUAUGUAUCAACAACAUAUAGUUUUUUAAGAAAAAUCUAUGUGUUUUAAAUUAGAGAUUUUAUGAUUUUAAGACAAAUUCAAGAAGGUUUUUUGCCGAUUUUAUGUGCUUUCUAUACAAAUGUUCCCCUAUUAUGAAAGACUUCAAUCAGCAAUAUUUCAGAUGAUAAAAAGAGAUAAAUGCAUUAUUUUUUCAAUUUUCAGUUAUAGUUCAAUGAGCCAAAGUUGUAUGCAAAAUUUUACCAAAAUCUGUGACAUAGCCCAUUUACUGUAACUUGUCGUUUAGGGGGAACAUUAAUGGUAGGUCAGUGAUAUUUGGUGUGCAGAUGUAUUAGCUUUCGCUCAUCUUCAUUGCAAUGGAGAUUAUUUGGCUCCUCCCCCUCAGUUAUGGUCUAUUGACUUUGAAUAUUUUGCAUUGUUUACAAGUUAAAAGUUUGUAAUUAGAUCAGUUUAACAUAAACCACUAAUAUUAUGUAAAUGAUAGAUGGUAUGCAGUUGCAUAAGCAUUUGCAAUUCUCAUUUUCAUGGAGAUUAUAUGGCCCCGCCCUAUAAUCAUGGUUCAUUGACUUUAAAACAUUUGCAUAUUUUACUAGUUAAAGCUUGUUGUAGGUUAGUUAAAAGGGAACCACUUAAGUCAAUGGUAUUUGGUAUGCAGUUUUAUAAGAAUUGGCAUUUCUCAUUUUGAUGGAGUUUAUUUGGCCCUGCACCUUCAGUCAUGGUUUAUUGCAUAGUUUGCAUGUUUAAAAAUACCCGUUUUAAUUUCAACAUUUGCAUUUUUUAAAUCAAAAUUUCAAAUGCAAGACAUAUCUUCUCAACAGUUUAUGAAAUUUUUGCAAAAAACUGUUGACCGGACAAUCUUGAUGCAUCUAAGAAUCUAUAGACUUUGAAGUUAAGAAUAUAAUGAGGCCAACUUGAUUAUCAGAAGUACCAGAUUUGUGAAUUCAUCUGAGUAAGAACCCUGUGAUUGAAAAAACGCUCUCAAACAUGAUUAAUUUUCUGCAAAAACUACAUAAAUUUCUUAAGAAACAAUCGGAAACAACUUUUUCAGUAGAUUUUAUAUUCAAGAUAAUAGAAAUUGACACAUAUAUGAUACAGAUGUUGCUGUGUAUAUUGUGCUUAUUCUGUGCUCCCAUUUAUUAUUUUCUACUUGACAUAUAAGUUGCACAAUAUGUUUUAAUUCUUCUUUGCAUUUUUCAUAUUAAUCGCAUACAUCUUGACUGAUUUUACAAAUAUAUUUCAUAUAAAUUCAAACUGUAAAUAGAUCUUUUUGUCUAUUUUUCCAUUUGAUAUAAGCAUUAUUUUCUUUGUUAUACUUUAAUUCAAUAUAUUUAUUUCAUUGUUAUAAUAUUGCAUUAAAAUUAUCCUUGUCUUUCA